GCUCUUUCUCUCUGCCGUCUAAGUAUUUGUUCGUUCGUUCGUUUCCCUUAGCCCCCCCAACGACUUCAAAGGACUCUUGUUGAGCCCGCUCCAUCCAUCCUUCCAUUGAGUUGAAGUUUGGCCUCCCUCCCGUUCAUCCUUUCGUGUGCACCGCGAAGAGAAGCAAAGUCUCAAGUUCGUUUUGGCCUUAGUGCGGCUCGAUUGACUCUCUCUAGUUGUUAAAACGCAGAAUCGUGCAGUACAAGUCUGGACAAACACGCGGUGCAACAAGACGACCUCUUCCUUAUUGUGGGGAAAAUCGACAGGAUUAUUCUAAGAGAAGCGGUGCUUAGGAUUGCUAUUGCGAGGCGUUGCUAAGGCUGGCUUGAACACAUUCUGCUUAAUCUGAGGUGAUCCCCAAGGGGAUUGUCAUAUCUGCAUGAGAUCGGAUUGAUGGAUUGUUACUUGAAGUGGUGGCAGGCAUCUUGACGCGACUUGUUAAAAGAGGUUGGCUCAAACUUUUACUUUUGAAAAGGUGAUGACCAAAGAUGACUUUGGCUUUGGCUUUGUGAGUGUUUUUAGCCGUCUCUUCUGAUAGGCGUGUUCUGAUAAUUGAUGGAGACAUUCUGUUUGGCUAAUCUUACAGAGGCCGACCUUGGGUCCUCAGCGUCCUCGAUCCAUAGUACCGAAGUGAAUAGUCCCGAAAGCGAGCAAUCCUCGUCUAGUUUGUCGCCCAAACGUCAUGGUGACCCGACCAAUCCGAGUAUUGGUAGGAUUGCCCCCCAAGUGGACGUAACCACGGUCUGUCUCAUCUGCGGCGACCAGGCCAUUCGACAUGUUCACUAUGGUGGCCGAUGUUGCUUUUCGUGCAAAGCAUUCUUUCGAAGAGCAGUGAAUUGGCACAAUUCGAAAGUCAAACUCUUUCAGUGUCGAAACGUGCAAAACUGUCGUAUCGACAUAAAAUCGAGGAAAUGCUGCCAAUACUGUCGAUUCCAGAAAUGCCUAGACACGGGCAUGAACCCUUCAUGGGUUCUCUCAGACGAUGAGCGUCAACAACGAUUCCAAAAACGAAAGGCCAAGCAACAACAUCAACUCCAACAGCGUCGCCAGAAGCCAGGUCCAAAGGAGGAAAAGUGUUCCCAACUUUUCAGGAACCACAGACACCACGACGACAACGACGAGGACGACGACUCCACUACAUCACUUCAGAGGCAUGGCCUUUCCAAAAGAAUGGCCUCAAGGUCUAGUCUGAACCAGCGGCGAGGUCGAUCCCGGCCUUCUCAGGCACAUGGAACACACCACAGUAGUACGGAAGCCAGCUCUUCUAUCAGUACAAAAUUGGGCAGGCCUGCGUCCUCGUCCUCGCAGCCUCGCCGUGGAAAGGCUAAGGCCUCUGUGUCCGGUCUGGACACUUCUAAUGGUACAGAAUGGUCAUCAUCGCUUUGCAAGGAUGAAAAUUCCCUCUCAGCUCAACAGGAUCAUCAUUCACUCCAAUCUCUAAAAGUUCGACUAACCCGCAAUCAAAAUAGCCAACCCGUCUCCUUAUCCGCCAACACCACCAGUACCACCACAUCGAGAUCAGACAUAUCUUCGCCCGCUUUGCCUCUCGAUGAUACUAAGCCAAGUUGCGAAGAACUUUGUCGAUCUUGGUUUGCACUCAACCACAAUGAAAAGGCCGAACUGGACCAUCUUGAGAACCUUUUCCAGCGCUCGUGGAGUGGUGAUGUCCGCCAACUCAAACUCAAAUGCAAGUGGUCGGAUUGGCAGGCUCAAUUCCUGGCUUUGGAUGAGAAUACUGCGGAUGACUCGAGUAACGACUCCAAUGGCCAAGGCCAAAAUGACAACCCUCGGGAGAAGGUUUCCGAGAAAGAGGACUCGAUCAGUGAUCUGUUCCAACAAUCUCUGAAGAAAUCCAGUAAGGAUUGUCUCAUUCGGUCGUUGUACCUUCUCCAAGAGGUCUCUGCCUUCCAGGAUCUGUCCACGUUCGACCAAGAACAGUUAUUCAUCACGAACAUGUCCGGCUUAUCGUACCUGCAAUCCGUUCAGUAUCAGUUGAUCCACAGUCGUCAGAAAGAAUUUCUCGUGUUUUCCAAGGAUUCGAUCCGAUUCUCACACAUCCAAGAGAGCUCCACGACUUGUGUUCUUCAAUUAGAAGAUGACAGCCAUCAAUCUUCAUCCGCAAAAAUGAUCUCGAUGAAUCAGUCCGUCAACUUGGAGAAAAUCGUCCGCAUUUUCGGACACUUUCAAUUGCCUCGCUUAGUCCACAUGUUGUUAAUGUUGAUUGUGAUAUUUUCCAAUGAUACCCUAUUCAUGAGGGAGAUCGGAAACAAUGAGCUGGUCGAGCAAUGUCAAAUUCACUACCUGAAUUUGCUUGAGAAAUACCUGUUUUCAAAUUUCCAACGUGAUCGCGCCAUGUCGAUACUCGCUCAAUUAAUACGGGUGAUUCUUCUUAUGAGAGAUGACAUCUUGGACCGACCGUUGAUUUGCCACUAGUACCCCGAAUUGAGUACAAAAAAAAUUCCUGUGAAAGGGUCAACUGACCAGAUAUCCAAAUGAAUGAUAGACAUAUUCACAGAGCUCUAUAUUUUGAAAGAAUGACCUUAGUAAUUUAUGGAUGCUUGUCAUGAUAAAUCCGAAAUAACUGAACCUGUGAAUAGGCGAACGAAGACGUAUUUGUCUCGUCAAUGGCAAGAUAAGAUAUAUCAGGCCUGUGUUGGAAACAACCAUCGCAUUCUUCCUCUAACCUUCCUCUUGACCUUAUAUGCUUCGAUAAUAAAGUAUCACACCAUGACGCCGUGAACGGAAAUACGUA